AAUUAUUCUAUAUUUCUCGAGAUUAACAUCAUAAUUGUGCCUAGACUGGAUAUUACCUUUCGCGAUUAGAACUAAGACAUACAGCGCCCCGGUCCAGGUGAAUAUCGCAAGCCCACUAUCUCGGCUUCCUCACCCGAGAAUAAUGGUGGGGCCAUUAAGUCGGCUUCUGACUGACCCGCAUAUUCCGAAUACUCCUAUCUCGCUCGGGAACCUUUGUACGUUUACGAUUCAAUUGCAAACGAUGUGAUCAAAUGACCGGAUACGUCGAGACGGAGGCAUGUAUAUCUAGCUCGAAGAUGAUCUUAGGAUCUCUUCUCUGUUAGUAGGUAGGCAUAUGCCAACCUCAGAACAUUCACGAAUACCCAUUUGGCGACCAGCCAAUAUCACUUUCGUCAAAUAUUCGAAUUCCGGCGACACUUGCACAAUCAACCAUGAACACGUCCGAAUUGAACGAAAUCGCGGAUGCUCUGCGCACGGCUCGAAUCAAUCGAAGUCCCAUCCCUCCUCCUUCCAAAACCUACCCAUCUCUGGAUGUGAAGGGGGCCUUCGAGGUUCAGAAGAUCACAGUCCAGAAUGCGAUCAGUAAGGAUGGGGAUCGCUUAGUUGGUUACAAGCUGGGGAACAUCGCCAAGGUCAUGCAAGAUGCUUUCGGUCUCGACCAGCCCGACUACGGAUUCCUUCUUGCUAGUCUCUUCAUCUACCAGGGCACGAAGAUCUCAUUAGACAAGCUCAUCAAGCCUUACGUUGAAUUGGAGCCGGCCUUCGUGCUCAAGAAUCACCUCCGCGGCCCCAACGUCACGGCGGCCGAUGUCAUCAGCGCCGUCGACUACGCCAUUCCGGCGGUUGAGAUUAUCGACUCCCGAGUCCAGAAUUGGGCUAUCGGGCUCGAAGACACCCUGGCCGAUAACGGGUCCACCGGUGCGGUGAUUCUCGGGGGAACGCCACGACGGUUGACAGACCUAGACCUGAGCAAUACUAAAGGUGUACUGAAGUUCAACGGGCGAGAGGUUAUGACAGGCAACACGGGGAACAUCCUCGGGAACCCAAUAUCAGCGACUGCGUGGCUUGUCAACCGACUAGCCGAGUUCGACGUUGAAUUCCUCCCCGGACAGGUAAUCAUGCCCGGCAGUUGCCUGCAGGCUAUGCCGAUGGAGGAGGCGGGGCAUUGGUCCUGCGAGUUCGAAGGUUGGGGAGCAGUUGAAUUCGAUGUAGUCUCGAAUACAUCUUCGAAGCUAUGAUGCGAUAAUAUAAUGCAAACUUGCUUAUACGGAGACCGUUACUCGUGUCUGCGUGCAAAUUCCGUAGAGGUCCAAGGUAUUAGCAGCUGAACUAUGCUGUGGUUAUGAAACCAGGUGGAUCAAGAGAAGAUUUCCACCUUGAUUCAGUACCGACCUUGCGAUAUUGUCUUGUAUUGUUGAGUCGUCGAAAAGAAAUUGCGGGAAUCGUAGGAGAUAAGUGACGCUUGUUGACAUCCAUGGAUGAUAUUUAGAUUAGCAGUACUGUGUGGUGGUUACGUAAUCAAAGGGUUUAAGUAGAAA